AUGAGGAGGUUUAAGCUUCUCCUGCCCAUAUUGGGUUGUCUUAUAUUAUCAAUACAAGCCGUUCACAACACCACAAAUUCAUCAUCACUUUGCUCUGUCUUCGAUCCGUUCAGGGUUUUACCGGAUAAUAACAAGUUCCAAAUUGGAGGUUCCUUCCCAUUACACGAAGAUGAUUGUGAACGUCUACGUCCUGAUACUGUCCAAGAAAUCGUUGCCAUCCAAUGGGCUUUAACUCAUUGGAAUCAAAAUCCAUCAAACUUCAACGCAAAACUUGGACUUUAUGCUGGCGAUACUUGCUCAAGAUCCCGCGAAUCUUUAUCUCAAUCUCUCCGAUUCCUUGAUUCUGUUGGAUACCAUGAACCAAAGGAAUGCCGAUCUGAGCUACCAGGAGCAAAGCUCUUAGGAAUCAUUGCUCCAAAAGACUAUACAUCUUCACUCAGUCUAGGAACACUGCUGACUGUUUCUGAAGUACCAGUAAUGGCUUAUUCUAGUGAAUCCGUCAAUGCUUUGGUCGAGCUUGAAGCUCAAAACUUAGUUGCCACAACUCCGACCAUCGGCGUUUAUGUAGAAGCCCUCAUUAGACUUAUGGGAGCUUUAAGAUCAAACUUGGUAACUGUAGUAGAUGACGGAUCAAAUUCAGAAGUUGUCAAAAGAAUUGUUUCUCAGUUGAGAUCUAGCGAUAUCUUUGUGGCUGAAGUGAUUCCAAUGGAUCAUCCUCAUUUACCACAAGCUUUAGAAGAUUCUGAUAGCGAUAUUGUUGUUUCAAUCCUAACCAAAGAACAGCUAUUUAAUGUCAUCCGACGAAAAGUUGUUUAUGAUUUGGAGAAACUUUGGGUUUCCGUACCACUUGAAGGGGAAGCUCUUGAUGCUGCCGAACAACAAACAGUACUGAAUCCAAAAUCAAAAUUAGAGCUCAUCUCUCUUCAACCUCGAACCAAAGAAUUACCACAGUUCCGAGACUACUUCAUCAGAGUUUUGAAAAAUAACUUCCAAAGUUAUCAACUGCUUACUUCGUUCGUGCAACAAGUCUACAACUGUACUGAUGAUACAUGCAACAUGGAUAAAGAGAAAAUGACAAAGAAGUACAUUCAAUCAAGAACGACUGAAUCGGUCAUCCUAAUGACUUAUGCUUUCGCUGCUGUCGGUAAAGCUAUCGGAGGUGACGCAAUCAAGGAGCGCAUCUGUUCUCAUCCCUCACCGGAGUGCACAACUCUAAUCAUGAAUGAGCUCAUAAAACUUGAUUACGAGUUCGGAAUCAACGAUCCACCUGAGUUGGCUGGUGAACGUCUUCGUUUUUAUCGAGGACGUGAACAAGUUCUGUUGGCUCAUGGUAUGACCGUGGAUGCUAUUGAAGUCUUCAUUGGACCUGAUGGAAAGUCGAAUGUCUAUCAGCUCUUAACGUAUACUACUGGAUCCCAACCAACUGUUGUAGUUUCCAGCAUUCGUCCAGCUGACCAAAGACUGCGAUCCAUCUGUAGUCCAUAUCGACCAUUCUGUGGACAGUGCCCAACGGUGCAAACUGUUAACAGUAACUUACAGAGACACUAUCUGUCGAUUCCAAAGCAUUAUCCAUUGUACUUAUUUGGAUUGUUCGAUUUACAUUCGGGAAAUACUUGUAACAGCAUGGUCAAUACUGAUAUCUCUCUUCCCAUGGCAUUCAUUCACACUGUUUGGACUUUCAAGCAGCGUUUUCCACAACUCUCUUUAUUAAAAAACUUGGACUUCGGUGCUCUACUUGUGGAUUCAUGUGCUUCUGGAAGAAAAUCCAUUGAAUCAGUUGUACGAGCGGAAUCACAAUGUUUCCGAUUCAAUCAAGCAGGGCGAAACAUCACAAUCGUUCCUGGAUCCAUAUCAGGAUACAUUUCUGGUCUAAGGGGUGAAUCCGAACAAGCAUUACUUGGCUUUUUCUCAUCAACUGAAACUCAAGUUCCAUUCGUUUCGGUUACUGCCGAGCCUUCAGAUGAUCGUCGAAUCUUUACUUCAACACCAUCUGGAAGAAGUCAGGCCAUAGCUCUCUUGAGACUUCUUAAUAGGAUGCAAUGGCAAUUCGUAACAGUGGCUUUAUCUGAGCAGGAUCCCGAGUCUUUGGCAGCUUUCCGCCAUUUCGAACGAUUAGCUCUAGAUCGUGGAGUCUGCUUAGCUGAAGUUGUGAACAUCGGAGGAACAAGAGUUGAUAACUUACCGAUCUCAACAAACACCAACGUAACUGUGGUUUUUGCUACCGCACGUGAUGCUGCUGCUUACUUAUCCCUCACAUUGCGGUCAUCUCAUAGAUCUGUUCAUAUUAUGAUGGGAGAUGCUCACGACUGGUAUCUUCAUGAAGACACUAACCGAGAGGCUUUCUUAGGAACUUUAUCAGUGCAGCCAAAGGAUAUCUUAUAUGGAGAUUUCCGUGAAUGGAUUGAAACUACCACUCCUCUCACUCUCCCAGAGAUGUGGUUCUGGGACUUCAUCGAAGAAAAAUGGCAAUGUGCUUUAACCCAAAAAAGUAAAGUAGUUUACGGUCGCAUGUGUACAGGAGACGAAGUGCUGGAUGUAGGACGUCUAGGUCGUAUGACUAAAUCUGGAUACUUGGCUCGAGGAAUCGAGAGAUUCCUUUUCGCCAUGGAUUCUGUCUACAAGAAGCUUUGUCCUCUUCAACAAGGAGUCUGCUUGGAUUUCUUUGAGAAUGGACGUCGCCAAACAUUGGAACUUCUGAUGAAAACAGCCGUCGAGGAUGAUAUUGAAAUCUAUGAAUAUUUGCCACUUAGCAAGCCAGGAGAGUUCGAUUAUGUACCAUUUGGAAAUUGGUCAUUAACAUCCGGACUUCGAAUGCGCGCGGUUUAUCAAGCAUUCCCCAGUGGACAGCCAACUCCAGUAUCUCAUUGUCAUCCUCCUAUGUGCAAGUGCUUCUUAGAUGGAGAUUUCCUUCAACGCCCAUUGGACAAUUUUGUGUCAUCUGAAGAGCCAUACGAACGAAUAGGUAGUGGAUCAUAUGUUCGUAAACAACCCGCUUUUGGAACUGAAUCAUCAGUUGCCUAUGCUACUGUUUUCGAACAUUUAUCAUCUGGAGAAUGGCGUAACUAUCCUCAUAAUUUCAUUAUGUUGGCAGUUGUCACAGCCAUGACAAUAGUUACUGUAGCUGUAUUAGUCUUAGUUUUAAUCAAAUUAUAUCUGCGGGUUGUGAAAGGAAAUCAAUCUCUUGGAAUAUCUCUACUUGUUGGUAUUCUAUUACUGUAUGUAACAGCUUACUUCUUCAUUUUUGAUCCAACUGAUACGGUUUGUCGAUUCCGUGUAAUCCUUCAUGGAAUCGGGUACACCAUCUGUUUUGGUGUUAUGAUAGCCAAAGCCACUCAGUUGAGAAACGCAGAAACAUUAGGAUUUGGAACUACUGUUCAUAUCAGUUUUUGGAAUUAUUGGCUUCUUCUCUUCUUCAUCAUUGGAGUUCAAAUCGCUUUGAGCACAAGAUGGAUGGCCGAACCAUUCAUGUCAACCAUUGCCGGGCUCGGUGAUCAUCAACGAAUGCAAUGCAGUUUGAGUGACGAAGAAUUCGUUUUAUCGAAUAUCUAUGUCGUUAUUCUGUUAUUCUUAGCUUUAUUCCUCAAUAGUCAAAAUCGAAACAUUAAGAGGAACUAUAAGGAGACCAAAUGGCUCUUCGUCUCAUCUAUUAUUUGUAUUAUUAUCUGGAGUGUGUGGAUUGUCAGCUACUUUAUUGCUCCUUUCGAAUAUAAACAGCUGACAGUCAUAUGCCAACUUCUAUCCUGUGCUACCGUACUAUUGGGAUUCUUAUUUGGACCCAAAAUCUAUAUUCUUCUCAGCUAUGAGCCUGUUGUUGUCGAAUACAAGCCUGAGAAUAUGUCUAAUAUUAAUGCUUUGAAUCUCUUCGAAAAAGAUGAAGAUGUAUACUCUCAGCGUGCCGUAAGUCCAGCAAGCAGUACCGAUUCUAGCCACCGAAGCGCUGGGGGCAGUUUAAAUGGUCGUCAAGCGACACCAUCUAACGCUUCAACAUUCAGCGAUGAUCAAUCUCCUAUUUUCCAUACCGUAAUGCGUAAAAAAGCCAAGGUGAGAAGAUCGCAGAGUGAGCACGAGUUACAACAUAAUCAGAUGAGGAUGUUGGCUGGCGUUCCGGUAAUACGAAGUGCUUCAUCCAAGAAAGAUGCAAUGCAUUCACCUCCCUAUACCAAUCGCUACUAA